UUCCAGUACCUGAAGGGGGACAUGUCGAGCCUCAAGAACCUGCUCAGGCUGCCAGGUGUUCGAGGACACGCUAAGAUCCUCGAGGUGUCUAAGGACGGUGUUGUCUUGAGUCCCGACAGUCUGAGUCUUAAUUCCUCCGACAGCUUCUUCACAGCCACCAGCGGCCGUACCUCCUCCAGAAGCUGGUCCUCCAACACCUCCAACUCCAACACGACCAACACCUCAACAGAGUCCAACUCGUCCACCUCAGAACCCGCGUCGACAGCCAUCAAGGUGUUCGCCAAGUGCCUGCGGUCAGACAUCGAGUACAAGACCAUCUCAGUGAGUGCCAGAGCCACUUGUCGGGAGGUGGUGCCUGUUGCUCUCCAAGUUCCGCAUGCGGCACCGUGACCCGAACCUCUUCUACCUCACCAUGGAGGUCACAGUCCGCAGGUGGUCAGGUGCCCCGGUCAGGUCACUGUUGGUUCUGGAGGACAGUGCCAGGCCCGCCACUUCG